UUAGGGAAGUACAAUACAAGUGAACUCCUAUUGACUUGGGAACCAACUGCACAAGUAACUUUAGCACCAGAACUACAUUUGACCGAAUAUGUCCUUACUGACAUGUGGGUAAAUGAAACAGUUGUCAAGGCUGAUUUGGAUGACCUGAGACACGGAGCAUUUGGUGGGACAUACAGUGCCCUAAGUUUCACAAUUCAAAUAAGUCGAGAAAUGGGUUACUAUUUAAUGGAUUACUUUUUGCCAUCAGUAAUGAUCGUGUCGUGUUCCUGGGUAAGUUUUUGGCUGGCAGCAGACCAAUCAGCACCCAGAGUCACCUUAGGUACAAGCACCAUGUUAUCAUUUAUCACUUUAGCAAGUGCCCAAGGAAAAACUUUACCCAAAGUAUCGUACAUCAAAGCUUCAGAAAUCUGGUUUUUAGGUUGCACCGGGUUUAUUUUUGGGAGUUUAGUGGAAUUCGCGUUUGUCAACACAAUUUGGAGACGAAGGAAAAAUGUGGAAUUGAAAAAAGUCAACAGCAAGUAUAUUUUGAAGUCAACUUUGACGCCGAGGUUGGCCCGGAAGGAGUUUCAUGCUUCGUUUAAUUCGAAUCCUGGAGGUGGUAAUAAGGAUGAUCAGGAUUUGGGAAGAGGGAUUAGGGUCUUUCCGCCGCCUUUGGUCAAGGCUAGGUCUUGUUCCAGUCUGGAUAGGAGUAAUGGAUCCGGGAAUUUUUUGAGCGUCCAUGGAAAUGAUCACAAAGUUCCAACAAUAACAGCACAAUGUGCAGACGAUGCCGCAAGUGACCAGAUUUCAGUUUGUGUCGAUGGGGAAAACGAAGAACCUGCACAAAUUGUUCACCACACCUGGACGACGAUGACACCUCAAGAAAUUUCCAUGUGGAUUGACAAAAGGUCCAGAAUUUGUUUCCCGAUAGCUUUUGCUAUAUUUAACUUUUUUUAUUGGAUAUUUGUUUAUUAUUUAUAA